UUAAACGUCGUCAAGUAGUUGACUAGUACAUACUUGUUGGUUGACUCGCGUGUUGCGCGCGCGGGGAAUACCUAUCCCAUAUAUUUACUACCAUGUGUGUGUGUACCAUCGUCGUAGCCGCUGUAGUUGUUUUCACUCGCACGAUCCACCGGACGGAUCAUCAUUUUUGUUUAGUAAAGACAACGUAGCUUAUAAAUUACCAGACAAUACAAUUCUAUUAAUUUAUAAAUUAUAUUUAAGUAUGUAAUAUAUAAUAUAUAGACACAGACUGAUGUUAUGAUAUGUAUCUAUGUUGAUAUUUUGAUACAAAUUCAUAUGGAGGAGCAAGAAAGAGAAAGACAAGGCCAAGCUAACCGGUGAGAUACGAGAGUGUACCUUAGUGCGACGUGUGUAAAGUUUUUUAAAAGUUGUACGAGUAAAGUUUUUAAAAGAUUAUUUAAAAAGAGUUACCAAAGGAAGCAAUAAACUAUGAUUACUAAAGUGGAUUCGAGGAAUUAUGUCAAUCGCUGUUAGUCGAAAACGAAUGAGUGAUUGUUGUAAAUCAGUGUUAUGCGGUGCCAAACCACCGACAGCCACGACGACGAGGAGGAUAACGCGGAGAACACGAACGCGUACAAGAACGAGGAGGAGAACAAGAAGAAGCGAUUUAUUAGCGCAUCAGUUAGCAUCGGUGGUAGUGGAGAAGCAACAGCUGGCCGUAGCGCAGAAGCAAUACAACUAGAAGUUUAUCGUCACAGUAAAACUAAAACUCAUUUUUAUUUUCCCAUUCAAGAGACUGCUGCUGCUGCUGAUGCUGGUGUUGCUGUGAAAAGAAUUAAAGUUGGAGAUAAAGUUAACUUGUAUGAAGAUAAAAAGAAGUUUGAUAGCUCGUUGGUUCCAGAGAGCAUCAUCACACGCUAUUUUGAGCAUACGACCGUGGCCCAGCGACGGUACAACGAUCUUCCUCAUCGCCGGUAGUCCGACAACGUGCUCGCUCUGGUCUGUCGGCAUUAACGUGUGUUCCUGAGUCAACUUAAUCAUUAAUACUAUUAUUUUAACUGUUAUUAAUAUUAUUAUAGUAAUUAUAAUUAUAAUUAUUAGAAUAUCAUCUCUUCCUGGUGUAGCUAGGUGUAAAAAAAUUGUGAACAAAUUAUUAAACACACCGUUUCAGGUGUGUCGGUUUAUCAUCUUAUUGUCGCUUAGUUGUAAAGUACUGGCCCCCAAAUGCACAAACGUAUUCUCGUGUUUCAUGUUCAUGUUCUGGAGCAAACGGACGAUACUGACUAAACGUCUGUUAAAGGCUCAAGUCUGUCGGGAGUAUGAAACCGAAUGUGAGACUCAAGAGAAUACGUCGCAACACAUUGCUCGCGUGAGUAACAUAUUAGCAGAGGCAUCAGCUUGCUCCGACACGGUAGUGGGUGGAUCCGGUAAAACGGUAUCAUCGCUACCGGGGUCCAGAGGAACUGUGCCAGUAAGUCAACCACAAGCCAAACGACAGACAUCUUCAUCCGGGGGUGGCGGGAGUGGCCCUAAAAUCCACCAGGUCUGCUGUGGAGGAGCCGAUUCCCAGGACGAGAGUGACGAAGACGACGAGGAGGACAACAACGAAGACGAGCUCGAGGAUAGUAAAGAGGACAGUCUUAACGAUAAGAUUGAGAGAGAAGCCCGGGAGCGUUUGAACCGGUGCAAAGAGCUUCUCAAGACUCUCAAGGAAAACCAGCUGGAGAUGCUGCUCAUGGCCAUAGAGAGUUGCGGCGCCGAUCUCGGCUCGUGUGUUCUCGUCGCCCGUAGACCCAUUCACAACUCUUCUUCUCAGCUGGACAUCACCAAUGGGGAUCAGCAGCCGGAUCCUUACCGGCGUCGCAAUUCCAAGCGAAAAUCCCGGCAUCAUCAUCCUUUAAGACACCGUCACUCGCACCGACAAUUUCCUCGCGUACGAUCAAGGUGUCGCCGCUGCGAGCUGCACCAGGGCUACAACAAAGACACCCAGCUUCUGGACGAGUCUUCUAGCCUCGCUCUUACUGGUGCCGCCGCGGGCGACGACGAACGCUGCUUAACCGGGGAAAAUUCACGGACUGAUUUCCUGCUAACUUCAUCAGCGGCCCACCUUCUCUCCUGCCAAAUUUGGCGAUGGCCUGAUAUAUCUCUCACGAGUCAGCUUAAAAAAUUGCCGCUCUGUCAUUCCACGAAAGAUCCCUCCUACGUUUGCUGCAAUCCCUAUCACUGGAGCCGGCUCUGCAAACCUGAGUCGCCACCACCCCCGUAUUGUCUUAUCCCAGCGAAGAGAGGUGCAACAAAAUGCGAAGCUUCUUCUUAUGCCAUUCAAACAAACUCAGCGGACACAAGACACUGUGGGAAUAAUAUUAUAGUGCCUUCGAGACUUCCGGAGUCGCUCACCACCGACGGAGAAGAGCGUGGUGACGGGCAUCGACGAAAAGAAUGGUGUACUCUUGCUUACUGGGAACUUGGUGGUCGUGUUGGAAGACUUUACCCCGUGGAGUCAUCAACAAUAAGUGUAUUUGACUCGUUACACGACGGCGAUGGACUCUGCUUGGCCAGUCUUGCUGAGAACCACGAUUCUGUCGACGAUGCUAAAACUACACGCAGUAAAAUUGGUCUAGGUCUCGUAUUGAGCCAAGAAGACGAUGGUGUAUGGGCGUACAACAGAUCCAGUAAUCCAAUAUUUGUAAAUUCUCCGACACUCGAUGAUCCGGAGUCACGUACAUUAUUGGUUUACCGUGUUCCUCCUGGAUCAUGUUUGAACAUAUUCGAUCGAGCAAAAAAUUUACCAUCACGUUAUACUUACAGCAACGGGAGCGAAGGAGGAGGAGUAAGUGGAGCAGGAGGCGCCAAUUCAGGUGGUCCUGUUGACAUGUACUCUGUGAGAAUAAGCUUCGUAAAAGGAUGGGGACCCAGGUACAAGCGACAAGAGAUAACAUCGUGUCCGUGCUGGCUUGAAGUUUUAUUAGCACCGUGCAGGUGAUCUUGUCACAUCUUUUACGUCGUCGACGUCGUUACCGAUCGUGCCUUCCUCAUCGUUCGAGGGAAUGACAAAGAGAGGGCCGUCAUUAAUUAUUCGUGUAAUAACUAAUAAUGAUAAUAAUAAUAAUAAUAAUAAUGAUAAUAACAGCAACAAAAAAAAAAUGAAGAUUAAUAAUAUUAUCCAGCAAGACGGCCCAUUUCUUUGGAGCCAUUACACAGAGCCAAUUGUUUCUUUAUUGCCUUCGCAUUUCAGUAAUUCGUGGUAAUAUAAAUAUAUAAAUAAAUAUACAUAUAUAUUAUAUAUUAUAUUAAGUAAUUUGUAUAAAAAAAUAAUUAACAAUAAUUAUUAUUAUAUAAAUAAUGGUCAAUCGUAUUUGAUAUACGAAAGAGACUUAUCUCUGUUGUUAGCCUAAUCGAAUGGCUUAUACCUCACUGUAGUUCAUUUCCGUAUCGCGAAUGGAAGCAAUCACGUAAUUGUACACGUUGCUGGAUAAGAGAUGAUUAAAAAUAAACAAACAAGAGCAUGAA